AUGGAUCCACUCAAGUACCUGCUAGAAAGACAUAUUCUACAUGGACGAUUAGUCAAAUGGAGAAUGCUCUUAAGUGAAUUUGACAUCGAAUAUGUUACUCAAAAAUCAGUCAAGGGGCAAGCAAUUUCCGAUCAUUUAGCUGAACAUGUCUUACAUGACUGCGUCCCCAUCAAAACGGAUUUCCCUAAUGAGGACCUCUUUGUCAUUGAGGAUCCCACUUGGGAGUUAUACUUUGAUGGGGCUAGGAAUGAAUAUGUCACUGGUAUCAGAGUCAUCGUAUGCUCUCCAGAGAAAAUAAUGUUUCCAAUCGCUAUAAGGCUCAAUUUUUCCUGCACAAGCAAUGUUGCAGAAUAUGAAGCCUUAAUAUCUGGUCUCGAGAACGCCUGUGAACUCCAAAUUGAACAAUUACGGGUCAUGGGAGAUUAUUUGCUUGUAAUAAAUCAAGUGAACGGAGAAUGA